AUGCCGCGGGGCGGCGGGGACCUCGCGGAGGCGGCCGACUGCCAGGAAAGAGAUCUGCUUCUUGAUGGUGGCAGCCGCUUGGUAGCAAGGCCGCAGCCGCGGGCCGCGCGGGCAAGGCUCGGCCUGGCGCUGCUGGCCUGCACGGCCGUGGCGGCGUGCGCGAUCGCCCGGCACGGCGGCGGCCAGGAAGGCGGUGGCUCGCGCGGGGCGCGGCCGGCGCCGGCCCGCCUGGUGCCCGAGAACACGUCCUCGGGCGCGGUCUCGUACCCGCUCCAGGUGAAGCAGCAGCGGAAGGCCGAGAAGCAUUGGGACGGCUCCGCCGACGAGGUGACCUGCGCGAUGAUCGGUUGCGGCAAGGUGGCGGACGCCCCGUGCCAGUGCACCACGCGCUGCUCCAGGGGCCGCAGGCCCAGCUGGCAACUGCUGCCACGACUACGACGCCGUCUGCAAGUUGCACGCUCCCGAGGUGGGGCCUGGCGGCACGGCGACGCGGCAGGUGGUGCCCGGCUUCAACAGCGAGGGGGUGCAGUGCGAGGACAGACGGGCCCCUGCCCGACGUCUGGCAGCACGACGCCGGCGCAGGGCCCGCCCUCGAGGUGCGGGUGCUGA